AUGGGAUUUGUAGAGGAGGGACCUAGGAGGAGAUAUGAACUUACGGAUCCCGAGCUUCAGGCGUUUUUAAAAUUCAACAAAGAUACAAAAAAGGCACUAGCUGCCAGAACAAAGGUAAUCGAAAUCCUAGUGAAGAAUCUUGAAGCCAAUAAUAGGUCCAAAUUUGGAGGCGAUGUGAAAGCCGAAGGAUCGAUACUAUAUUAUCAUUACCCAGUUGGCCCACCCCCGGAAUACAUACGGAAAGGAUUACUUAUAUCACCCGCAGAGCGAGAUUCUUCGGACCAAAGCGAAGGGGCGUCACAUCCCCUCCGCCUUUCAAAUUUAAAAUAUGAAUGGGUAUCGCGCCCCGUUCCCCAAAACACAAUGCACCGUCUCUCCACUACCCUUUACCCCUCAUGGGUAUUCAACUCUCUCUACCUUUCCGCACAGGCCACAUUAGACUGGCUCCAAAAUCUAAAAGCUAGUGGGAAAACAGUGGAUUCAAUGGGUGAUUUGGUGGUAAUGGGUACAACCACUGUCAAACAAAGCCUGGGUGUUACCCACAGGAUUCUCCAGAGAACAUUGAAACCGCCACCCCCACCGAGAGGCCAUGUUGUGAUCGAUGGGAUUGUGCAGAUCUCCGGCAACAAUUUGGUGGUGGGUAUAGACAUCAUUGCUAGCUUUGACCCGGAGACCUUGGGGAGCUUGGUAUUCCACAAGACGCAUAUUCGAUAUGUAGGGAAAAAAAGAAGGCAGUUAAAGCCUGUUACGCCGCAGAUCCCACCGCAAUUUCGCCCUGUUGGUGGAAAGACGACUCUAGUGGAGGAUCCGAGUCCUAAGGAAACUGUUCAGGAGGCUAUUCAAUCCUCCGAAGAGAUUCGGAGGAGAACGAUUGAGCAACAACGGAACUUUAUCGAUAAACAGGUUGGGGGGGUGAAGACAGUUGAUCAGAAGCGCGUUAUCCAGGAACCCAAAGUUCAGGAUAAAGGGCCUGAAUCUGUGCCUGAAAUAGGCGUAAAACCUAUAGUACGAAUGCUCAAGGGAAAACGCGGUGAAUCAAUCCCGGAUGUACCACCGGGCGGGGGCGCAAGCGAAAGAGGAGACGACAAAAAACAGGAGACAGAUGUUGACGAUGCUACUUCAUCAAAACCAUAG